AAUAAUCAUGAAAAAAAAGCCUUGUUUGUUCUUGAGAAAACAAUAUAUGUGCUUCCUUGUUAUCUUAAGUAAUAACAAAGUUAUCACAAAGCAAACAGGUCCAUACCAGAAUUGUAAAUAUUGCUCUGGUCCAGGGGCGGACUGACCAUUUGGAAAUUCGGGCACUGCCCGGGGGCCGGGAUGCCCCUGGUACCUUUUUCAUAUGCUUUUUUGAGUUUGGGCAAGGACACAGGGGCCCCAUGAUCCCCUAUUGCCCGGGGG